AUGAAAGAAUGGAAUUCGCCACUUUGUACUAUUAAUGGGUAUUUGGGAAUGAUGUUCUGUAUGACGUCACUUCAGACCUUAACUAUAGUGAGCGUUGAUCGUUACGUUGCCAUAGUAACACCGUUUAGGUACCAUAUUUGGAUGACAUCACAGAGGGUGAAAAUAAUCAUUGCAACAAAAUGGACUCUUGCGGCUUCUGUUGCCGCCGUGCCGUUAUCAGGAUGGGGGAAAUAUAUUUUUUACCCACAGAAAGGGUUUUGUUUCAUCGACUACCACAAGGAUUUUGAGAUAUUCUUUUUUAUUGGCGCAUGGUUCAUGAUUGGUUUUGGAGUCAUAACGUUUACGUACUAUUAUAUAUUUAAAGAGGCGAGACGGCAAAAGCGACAGAUUCAAGCGUUAACUGUGGCUAAUAAUAAUGUCAGGGCUACCAGGCCUGAGAAUACUAUGCCGGAAAAUAGUGUAAGUAUCUGUAUAUGGUAAGGUAUGGUGUGGUACGAUGUAGUAUGGUGUGUUGUGGUCAAGUGUACUAUGGUAAAGUAUGGUGUGAUGUGGUAAGGUAUGGUGUGCUAUGGUGUGUUAUUGUAUGGUUUGGUCAAGUAUAUGGUAAUAAUGGUAUGAUAUGGUAAGGUGUGCUAUGGUGUGGUAUAAUGUAGUAUGGUGUGUUGCGGUAUGGUCAGGUGUGGUAUAAUCAGGACCGGAUUAACGUCGCGCGAGGCCCGUGGCAGAUUUUCAGCGCGAGGCCCCCAAUCAGCCCCCCCCCCUCGUUAUGAAAACCUAGGGGCCCUAAAUGCGCGAGGUCCCUAAAUUCGCGAGGCAUCUAAAUUCGCAAGGCACCUAAAAUGGGCGUGUCCCAAUAAAAAAUGGGCGUGUUCUCGUAAAAGUGGCGUGGCACAGUAAAGCGCGAGGCCCGCGACAUAUGCCGCAUCUGCCACGUGGUUAAUCCGGCCCUGGGUAUAAUAUAUGGUGUGAUAUGGUAAGGUAUAAUAUAUGGUAAUGUAUGGUAUGCUAUGGUGUGGUAGGAUGUAGUAUGGUGUUUGUGGUAUGGUAUAUGGUGUGAUAUGGUAAAGUAUGGUAAGAUAUGGUAAGAUAUGGACGUAUGUGGUGAGAUGUGCUAUGGAGUGGUAUGAUGUAGUGUGGUGUGGUAUAUUAUAGUUAUGGUGUGCUGUGGUGUAGUAUUGUAUGGUUUCGCUUAGUGUGGUGUGUUGUAUAGUUUUGUAUUUAUAGUAUAGGUGUGGUAUGUGCGGAUCGCCACCGAUUUUGUGUUUGGUACGUUGAAUCACAUUUAAUCGAUCGUAGUUAAAAUGAAUCUGAAGUUUCUAAAAUGUCUGAAUUCUAUUCUCUUUCAGGGUAUAAACUCUGCAGAACACAGCAGUCAAGCGAACCCAGAGGCGAAAACAGAGCGACAACAAUACCGUAAUAACUUGAAGCGAAUCAAAAACGAAAACAAAGCAGCAUUAACGAUAUUCGCCAUAAUAGCAGGCUUUCUGGUUUGCUGGAUGCCUUUUGUACUUGUAAACUUUACAGCAGCGUUAAUAAGUUUCCAUAUUCCUGAAUGGUUGGACGUUCUUUCCACUCUGUUGGUGGCUACCGGAUCAAUGGUUAACCCUUUGUUCUAUGCGUGGCUUGAUUCGUCAUUCAGACUGGCGUUUAAGAGACUUCUUUUUCCUAUAUUUGGACGAGUUGGGUCGGCACCCAUAACUGCCGUGUCGAAUUACUCCGGGGCAGGAGCGAACCUGUGA